AUGCGUCGACCUGUCAUGUUCAACAGUAAGUCAGUCAACCCGAAAGUCCUGCAAGAAGUUGGAAGUCCUUGCCCCUUUGGCCACCGUGACCCCAUCCUCACGCCCUGGCUCCUACAUUCUCCGAGAUGCCACCUUCCACUCCUACUGCCGUCUCCACACCCUCCUCUCUGUUUCUUUUUCUGUCCUUUCUUCUCCUCCUCCCCUGCGCCCAAUCCCACCUACGUCUACCAGAUAUGUGGCAGCGACCGCAAAAACGCAACUGAAUUCUCUCCAAACAGCACCUACCAAUCCAAUCUCAAUUCCCUUCUCUCUUCUCUUUACUCCUCCAACUCCACCCGCAACAGGCCCUUCCGGAAUUUGACCGUCGCCGGCCGCCCCAACGGCUCGGCUUCCGCCACGGUCUAUGGUCUCUCCCUCUGCCGCGGCGACGUCACCACGGAUGUCUGCCAAGAGUGCGUCGCCGGUGCCGGCCCAUAUGUCGUCCGGACCUGCGCGAGGGUAAGAAGUGCGGUGAUCUGGUUCGAAGAGUGUCUGGUGCGUUACUCCGACCGAUAUAUCUUCUCCACUAGUGACCAAGAGCCCAACAUCGCUAUGCUAAAUACGGGGAACAUCACGGAGCCGAAUCGGUUUGCACAGUUGCUGGCCGACACAAUGAGCAAGAUAGUGACGCGUGCGGCGACGGACCGAACUCCUCCGGAGAAGUUUGCGACUGCAGAAGCCGCCUUCUCGGGGUUUCAGAAGCUUUACACACUGGCGCAGUGCACGCCGGAUCUGUCGUCGUCCGAUUGCAAUCGGUGUUUGCAAGUAGCCACAUCGACGCUCCCCAGUUGCUGCGGCGGGAAGCCAACAAUAGAAGGGUCUUCAUCACGAGAUCAUUGGCUUUGUCGAUGAAACCUGCUCAAAUUACUGUUUUACCCUUUUAUUAUUUAUUUAUUCCACAUCUCACGGGUCGGGUUCUUAUAUACCAUCUACGGUUUAAUACCAAGAGCAAACAGUUAAAGAAAUAGUUUUAGAACCAACAACUGUUUCCCUAAAUCUGGGCCAAAUCGUCGACGGAUUCCUCCUGCAAACUUCAACCAUUGUUUUCUUCCAUGUUUUCUUAUUGUACAUGCAUUCCAAUCAAUAUAUGAGCCACAUAUCGCAACAA